CUUUCACCCCCACCGCCUCCUCCACAACACUUCCUCUUACAACCUCCACCUCUUACAGAAGACGGUCUUCACCAUGGCAUCAACAACCGCCCAACGGCGCCUCCUCCAGGAAUACAAAGCCCUCACCAACAACCCACCAGAAGGCAUCACCGCCGGCCCCGUCUCCGAAGACGAUCUGCUGUACUGGGAGGCUUUGAUCCAAGGACCAGAGGGAACACCGUUUGAAGGCGGUGUCUUUCCUGCAGAGCUGAAAUUCCCGAAGGAUUAUCCGCUGGCACCGCCGAGUAUGAGGUUCCUGGGCGAGGUGUGGCAUCCGAAUGUAUACCCCAGCGGUCUAGUCUGUAUUUCGAUUCUGCAUCCACCAGGAGAUGAUCCAAAUCACUACGAGCACGCUUCCGAACGGUGGUCCCCGAUUCAGAGUGUGGAGAAGAUUCUCAUUUCAGUGAUGAGCAUGUUGGCGGAGCCGAAUGACGAGAGUCCCGCGAAUGUGGAGGCGGCGAAGAUGUGGAGGGAGCAGAGGCCUGAAUAUGAGCGAAGGGUUCGGGAAGGGUGUAGAAGGAUGCUGGGGCUUUGAAUGAGAGAAGUCUUCGGGGACGGGCCAGGAUGCUUGGGAUAAUUACGGAAUGGAAGGGAGGUCUAAGGCGGAUAUUUCAUAGGAGUGAAGAGUUGAUACGGCGUAUGGAGGCGUUGCUGGAGUGCUUCGGCGUCUGGAAAUUUCACGGUCCCCUGGUCUGCUUGACUAGAUGGAUGCUCCGGGAACUAUAGCUCACGGUCACAUGUCCUCAAAAAUAUAUUAAAAAAAGCAUUGCGAUGAAUGGUUAUGGAACCCAUUCUCUCUUUCUCUUGCUUCCAAGCGGAGGCUAGGAGUGCGCACAAGCAAGUAUUGCAAACGUGGGGAACGCAAACUGGUUAAAUCAUGCCAGUCCGAAAAUGAUCUACAAAUGCAUUUCUCUUAGUCGAGUG